AGGGUGUUUUCACCGGCAGUUGCGGCACAGAAUUAGACCAUGGCGUUGCAAUCGUUGGAUAUGGGACGACGACGGAUGGAACUAAAUACUGGAUUGUGAAGAACUCAUGGGGGCCCCAGUGGGGAGAGAAAGGCUACGUCCGAAUGGAGCGUGGCAUCAAGGCCAAACAUGGGAAAUGUGGUAUUGCAAUGGAAGCUUCAUACCCCAUCAAAACAUCCCCUAACCCUUCCAGGAGGGAAAUUUCCAAGGAUGAACUCUAAGAUGAUAGUGGCAUAAGGAACACACAUUGGAAAGCUAGAUUGUUUCAGAUUCAUUUGCCUUCGUCUUUUAUCUAAUAUAAGUUUCCUAGUAGUGUGAAGGCAAUAAAUUUAUGCUUCACACUUAAGAACUCUAUUUGUAUUCAUUCUGUUUUAAUUAAAAUGUUUGAAGGUAAUUCUGUUGAUCUUAUUAAUGUAGAUUUUGCGAUCCAUCGCAAAGUUACUUUUUUUAAA